UGUGUUUUAUGUUUUAUAUGUAGAGUGAUUCACACAUGGAUGUCCACAGUUUCGAAUCCAGAGGUCUUUUUAAUCGUCUAUUACGGAUUCAAAUCACUUUAAUUGAAAAGUAACUGCGUACAUAAAAGAAUAAUUAUCAUUUUCGAUAAAUUUUUUUAAAUAGGUUAUAAAAAAAUAGAUUUCGAAAUGUCUGAAGCAAAAGAUAACUUGGAUACUGCAGGAGCGACAAAUGUUACUUCAGAUACUGCAUCUACAACAGAUAGUCAAAAUACAGAUAAAAAGAUACCAUGCAUUAUUGUACUUGGGAUGGCUGGUGCUGGAAAAACAUCAUUUGUUUCCAGACUUGUUUCUAGAUUGCAUGAUGUAGGAAAACCAUAUGUCGUUAAUUUAGAUCCUGCUUGUAAAGAUGUUCCAUAUCCUGCUAAUAUAGAUAUAAGAGACACUGUAAAUUACAAAGAAGUAAUGAAACAAUAUAAAUUAGGUCCAAAUGGUGGUAUAGUUACAAGUUUAAAUCUCUUUACUACAAAAUUUCAUCAAGUUAUCGAACUUAUUAACAAAGCUAGUGAAGAGCACAAUUAUGUAAUUUUUGACACACCAGGACAAAUUGAGGUCUUUACAUGGUCAGCCAGUGGUUCAAUCAUAACAGAAGCAUUAGCAUCUCAAUUUCCAACCAUUGUAAUAUAUGUAGUAGAUACUGUGAGAAGCGUUAAUCCCGUCACGUUUAUGUCCAAUAUGUUGUAUGCUUGUUCUAUACUUUAUAAAACCAAACUACCCUUUAUUGUAGUCAUGAAUAAGAUUGAUAUUGUUGAGCAUAGUUAUGCAAUCGAGUGGAUGCAUGAUUUUGAAGCCUUUCAAGAAGCACUUGAUAUGGAAAGUGGUUAUAUCAGCAAUUUAACACGUAGUAUGGCACUUGCACUAGAUGAAUUUUAUGGUCACUUGCAAUGUUGUGGCGUUUCUGCAGUAACAGGUGCUGGAAUUGACGAAUUUCUCAAGCUAACCGAAGCUGCUGUGCAGGAAUAUGAAAUUGAUUAUAGAAAAACAUGGAAAAAAGUUAAGACAGAGAGGGAUGCUCAACGACAAAAGACAGAAAAGGAACAGUUAGAAAAGAUUGGUAAAAAAACAAUGGGAGAAGAUGUACCAUUAAUGUCAACAGUUAGCAGUAGUCGUGAGACCUCUGAGAUCUAUCUGAAACAUGCAUGCAAUGAAUCAAGCGAAGAUGAAGAUGGAACAGAAAACAAAGAAGAUAAAGAUGAAGAAAAGAAAGAAGUGGAGUCAUUUAAAAGUUUUUUAGAAAGACAUAAAAUGGAACAAAUUAAACGAAAGAAUCAGGAAUCUGAACCUAGUACAAGUAAAAAAAGUGAUAAUGUUGAUUCCAUUUAAUUUUAUAUGUAAUUUAUAUAUAUAUAUAAUGCUUUUUGAUUAAAGAAUUAUGGUUAGCUUAUUUACCAUAAAAUAAAUAAAA